GUUCAUGUGUUUAGAGUCCCACAGACCACAAACUCCCUUGAAUCAAGAACUACUACAUGUCUUUACGCAUUACGGUGGGUAAAAGAAUCCUGUCAGUCCGAUGAUUCUUAUCCUCUCGCUUUUGAGAGACGCACUUGUCGUGAGCUGCAUGUCCACUGAAUCCAGUCCCAGGAUCUUGUACUCACGUUGGAAUCGACUGUAAUCCUCGUGGAACUGCGUCCGGACAUAGAUACAACCAGCUUAGCAGCUAGAUAUGGAACAAGAGGUGUCAGAGUCGUGGAAUGUUCCUCGGGCUUUAGCAAGUUAUCACGGGAAUCGCAGGUCUCUUAUCGGCUCGGAGGAGUGGUCUUUGGUGGGAAUCGGGAUCCUCGUGAUACUAUUCGAGAUCCUUUGGACCAUCUUUGUUGUUGCAACUAUCCUGGUCAUUCUCUAUUUUUCGGGUAUAUGGAGUGGAACUUUCAAGUGGCCAUGGACCGGGAGCACGGACUCUCGGAAUUCACUUGUUGACCCUAGCGUUUCCGUCGCAAUCUCAACCCAGCUGAACAACAGUGCUGAAAAUUUCAGACAUCAUUCCCGAGCUUCACAGGACGAAUCUGGUGUUUAUAGCUCAACAAGCGAACAGCCUUCUCUAGGCGAACGCUGCCCGUCAUAUGGACCUCGAAUCCAAAGAACUCUCACGUUUCCAGAUUUGUUGGCGCAAUCGGACAUCGAACUUGAGUAUUAUAACUUCGACAAUGUUGACUGGUUCGCCAAGCAUCUGCAAAAUCAAAGACUAGCCUUAGCAGGAAAGGACUUCGCAAUCCGAGAAUCAAAAACAGACUGAGGUCCUGGUUGAGCUGUCCGAACCGGACGUGUCACUUAUCGAAUGGUUUCAUCACGCAGGCACCAACACACGAAUGAACCAUCAAGUGCAAACAGGAGAGAAAAUGAGAUAGAGUUCUGCUCUUGAUCACAAAUCCAGACUAACGACCGUAGCGAACAGGAACUACCAUCAGUACGACACAAAGGAAGACCGCACCUGUGUUUACGAUCAAGUAUUAUCGCAUAUCCAUCAAGUGGCAGUGGUUCCAAGUGGUAGGAGGCAGAGCUGCAAUCUCAUAUUUAAAGCGAGCUCACUGUCAAACUUCCCUCUACAUCGUCUGAUACAAUUGGGUGAUUGAACAAUCAGUAGUUGAAGGAGUUUCUUGACAGGAGUAGAUUGACUCUCUGCAAACAAGAUUACUUGAAGCAACGUAUACACAACCCAA